AUGAAUAUCUUUGAACUUAACGAAUUAACAGAUGAUAUGAUGAACUUAUGUGAUGAUGACUUCUAUAAUUUUCUUGAAAAUUUACUAAAUAAAGAUUUAUGUCAGCUUUUUCAAGUUCAGGCUAUUCAAGAUAUGUCUUCAUUGUCAUCAAUAACAAUUGAACAAAUAAUUGAAAUACUUACUGUUGAUGUUAUUGAUUUGAAUAAUUUGAAAAAAUCACUUGGUUUUAUAACAACUGAUGGAAAAUUUCAUCUUCGACUUGGUCAUCGAAACUUAUUAGAACGUUUAUUAAUAUUAGUGAAAUCAAAAAAUAAUUUAUCUGUUAAAAAUUUUGAUCUUUCAAAUAAAAAUAUUAAAAAUCAAAUUUAUGAAAAACUUUUAGAAAUGUGGAAACAAACAUCUAGUUCGUCGAAAGUAGCCUGUAUUCCAGUUUUGUUUCCAUGGAUCAAUAACAUUUUUCAAAAUUUAGAAAAAACAAAAAAUAGAUAUCGUUAUGAUGAUCAGAUACAAGAAUUUGCUUUAUUAAUAUUCAUUUUUGGAGGUCGAAAUUGUUAUGAAUUCCUUCACCUUAAUUUACCAUCAGCAUUACCUCACAUAACUAAUUUAGAAAUUUUGAUAAGAACUCAAGAAUUUAAAAUGAUUGAAUGCGAAUUCCGAUUUAGUUUGUUAACAGAGUAUUCACGAUCAACUAAUUGUAAUUAUAUUUUUGUUGCUGAAGAUGCAACUCGUUGCAUAUCUUGUAUUGAUUAUGAUGCACAAUCUAAUUCAUUUAUUGGUUUAUCAGCACCAUUAGUUAAUGGAUUACCACAAUUCAAUUUUUUUCAGACAGAAAAUUUUCAGAUAUUAAAAAAUUGGUUUGAUGAAAUAGAUACAUCAAGAUUUAUUAAUCUUCAUAUGGCAAAAUCUUUAAAAUUAUCUUCUCCUCCUUUCAUUUUAUGUGCUUAUGGUUCGAACAACAAGUUCGAAGCAAUAGAUGUUUUAAAAAAUUGGUUAUUUAUUUAUAAUCAAAGUUUAAUUCAAGGUUUAAGAGUGAUAGGUUUUAGCACUGAUGGUGAUUCUCGUUACCUUAGAGCCAUGGGAUUAUGUUCCCGUUUUUUUGCUGAAUUACCAAAUUUAAAUUUAUUUAAGCAUAAUGAUCCAUUCGAUAUCAAAAUACCUAAGGAAUGGUCUUGGUUUUUUAUGAAACAACAGCAAACUUUUCUUUUCAUGCAAGAUCCAAUACAUAUUGCAACAAAAAUUCGUAAUAGACUUCUUUCUACAGUGGCAAAUUUAAGAAUGGGAGAUUUUUCAGUUGAUAUUAAAGAUCUUAUUGAUUUAGUUGAAUCAAAAAGCAAAUUAGAACAUAAUUUAAUCAAAUCUGAUCUUAAUCCUAAAGAUCGACAAAACUUUGCUUCAUGUUUAAGAAUAUCUUCUGAAACAGUGUUAGCUUUACUGAACAGAAAUGAAAAUUCGAAAGGUACAUAUGUAUAUUUAACUUUAUUAAACUUGAUUAUAUCUGGAUUUAUAAAUAAAUCAACUGCAAUUGAAGAACGUUUAUUUAAUAUUUGGACUGUAGUCUUCGUAUGCCGAUUAUGGUUCUCAUGGAUACAGUACCUAGAUGUAAAAAAUAGCAACAAUAACAUCAAUAGUAAUAAUAAAAAUAAUAAUAACAUUAAUAGUAAUAAUAAUAAUAAUAAUAAUAUUAAUAAUUCCCAAUCACCAAAAAAAUUUAAACAGAGAACUUUUAUUACAAAACCGGCAUUCUGGUGCAUUGAAAUCAAUGCACAUACAUUAGUUUAUAUUAUUCUUCUAGUUAUUAAAAAAAAGUUACCAAUUGAUGCACUCAAUACAUUUGGUUUUAACUCACAAAUUUGUGAGAACACUUUUCGUAUUGCUCGUUCGUUGACCGGUUCAUUCUCUUCAAUUACCAACUUCAGUGUUAAAUCAUUUAUGAAAAGAUGUGAAAAAAUAUCCGUUGUUAACUCAAUAAAAAGUCGUGGUAAUCAAAAAGGAGAUUAUAGUUUUCAGUUUCCACAGCAUCAUAAGAAUGAUAAAGACACAUAUGAUUAUUCUAUUGAUAAUAUUAAAGAAUUAAAUCUAACAGAAUAUGAUAUUGAAAAAAUUAUCUAUCGUGCAUUUGAAUCAGCUCAAAAAUUAGCUUCAAUGGUUAACAUGAGUCAAUUAUUAAAAAAUAAAAAUAUUUAUUCAUUACCUGAUUUAAGUCAGUUUAUUAAAACAAUUUUAAGUAAAUCAUCUUCAAAAAUAGUAGAUUACACGGAAGAUGAUGAUUCUAACUAUGAUUCAGAUGAAGAUGAAUUCGAAGAUAAUGAAGAUAGUUCAGUACAUGCAGCAUUUGAUGAUGAAGAUGAAAUGUUACCCAGUAUUUUUGGUGACGACGAGGAGGAAGAAGAAGGCAAUANCACUCCAUCAAUUACUGAUUCAAUGUUUAAUAUCAAGUAUAUGAUCGCUUUCAUUCAUUUUGUUCUGUAUAGGUGUUAA